AUGCUCACCUUUCGCCGCGCUCUCGUGGCUGCGGCGUUCUUCAUCACGAUUCUCUUCCUCACGACACGGUCGACUUCGCCAGCUGCCACGUCAUCUGCGGUCGAAUUUCCGAAAGCACAACCUGGCGCUGGAUCAAAGCAGCAGUCACAGACGACAGCGUCCUCCGACCAAGACCUUCUCAACGACGAUGCGGUACAUGUUGGGGGGAACCGCAAUAAGCCGUCUCCGCAGGGACAGAAAACAAUGCAGGACAUGUCCAAAAUGACACUCAACGAAAAGCUCGCAUACCAGUUCCCCUACGACGUCGAGACAAAGUUUCCCGCCUACAUCUGGCAGACGUGGAAGUGGACACCAGCACAGGGCGAAUUCAACUUCCGCGAGCAAGAGGCGACAUGGACGGAACAGCAUCCAGGCUUCAUACACGAGGUCAUCACGGACCAGGUGGCCGUGCAUUUGCUGCGGCUGCUCUACGCAUCGGUGCCCGAAGUAUUGGAGGCAUAUGAGGCGCUCCCGCUGCCAGUUCUCAAGGCCGAUUUCUUUCGCUACCUGAUUCUGCUAGCAAGAGGAGGGAUAUACUCGGACAUUGACACGUAUGCGAUCCGCAGCGCCCUUGACUGGAUCCCCGAGUCGGUACCCCGGAACACGGUUGGGCUAGUGAUUGGCAUCGAGGCGGAUCCCGAUCGCCCAGACUGGAAGGACUGGUACAGCCGGAGGAUACAGUUUUGCCAGUGGACCAUCCAGAGCAAGCCGGGACAUCCGAUCUUGCGGGAAACGGUAGCGCGCAUCACGGAGCAAACGCUGCAGCGCAAGCGGGCCGGGUCGCUGAACAAUAUUAUCGACAAGAAUGUCAUUGAAUUCACAGGUCCGGCGCUCUGGACGGAUAUCAUAUUUGAGUACUUCAAUGACGAGCGCUAUUUCGACAUGACGCAAUCCGCCGGACCCAUUGACUACCGUAACUUUACCGGCAUGGAGGCACCGAAACAGGUUGGGGAUGUCAUUGUACUCCCGAUCACAAGCUUCUCCCCAGGCGUCCAGCAGAUGGGCGCCAAGGAUUAUGAUGAUCCAAUGGCUUUUGUGAAGCACGAUUUUGAAGGCACAUGGAAACCCGAAAGUGAGCGCCAUAUUGGGGAGAAAUAA